GGAAAGAACAAACACGCCGCGAUUCGGUGAAGAACAAACGGAACAUUAUCUUGGAUUCAGGAAGGCAAGAGAGACAAACAAUCAGUGGUCACGAAAUCGGACGAAAGCCCUCCUCUCGACUGUCUCUUUGCUCUGUGAUUCUUCUCUUCUUAUCCCUUUUUUUGAUUCUUGAAGGUUGAAUCUAGCGAUCCACAGAAUCUCAAGCUCCGACGAACUCUGGCAACAAAACAAACCAUGAACUCGUGCAAAACCCUAUUCCGCUCCUCCUUCUCUUCAUUUCAUCCACUUGUUCCUCUUCCAAACCUUACUUCCUCUGUUCCGUUUGUCUCCGUUCGCGCUCUUUCUUCUCUCUCCGUUCUCCAUCCAAAUCCAUGCAUCGGAACAGCUCGGUGCAGUGUUCAUGGAGCUGCGGCUCUUUCGCUGGAGAGCUUCACGGAGAAUUCUCCCGAGGAUCUCACCGUGAGUGUGAAGGAGUUGCUAACAACAAGUCGUGAUGACGCGUCGAGCAUGAUGAAGAUGGAGCGGAGGAGCUCCUUAAGCGAAGGUAGAGGAUCGUGGUUCCCUUACGAGGACAGGUUCAGGUGCGGUGACGUGCACCUGAGCAGCCGUGAGGUGUUGGAGGCGGUGAGGCCUCACAUGAUGGAGGAGAGGUCAGAGAGGUUCAGGCGUGUGGUGGAGAACCGAAGCUUCUCGGUGUGCCUUGUGGUCGAAGGUCUCUCUGAUAUCGGGAACAUCUCUGCUGCGUUCCGCUCAGCGGAUGCCUUGGGGAUUCAGUCAGUGCACGUUGUUUCACGUGACAGCUCCAAAAGGUAUAGGAACAAUCGGCAUGUGAGUAUGGGAGCUGAGAAAUGGCUGGACAUUGAGCUUUGGGACACAGCUAAAGAAUGUUUCCAAGUUCUCAAGUCUCGCGGUUACAGGAUCGCCACAACUCAUUUGGGAAUGGACACGGUUUCCAUUUACGACAUGGACUGGUCAUGUCCAACAGCAAUAGUUGUUGGAAACGAGGGCAGUGGAAUAAGUGAAGAAGCGUUGGAGUUAUCAGAUCUGCAUUGCAGUAUUCCAAUGAACGGAAUGGUUGAUUCGUUCAAUGUCUCAGUGGCUGCAGGGAUUCUGAUGCACCACGCUGUCUGUGACAGAACCACUCGUCUGGGAAGUCAUGGAGAUCUGUCGGCAGAAGAGAAAGAGAUAUUGAUGGCUGAGUUUUCACUUCGUCACAGUAGAAGCUCACUUUGUAUUGCUUCCGAGUAUGCUAAACGUAGACAGCAACACUCUGCCUCCUCCUAGUUUCCGCCGACUUCUUCUGUGCUUUGUAUCUUUGCAUGCAAUGAUGUUACUUGCAGAGAUAAGGGCCGUAAUUGGGCAUUAAAAUCUGCCUUUUUGUUCCAAAUGCAACAUUGGUUCUGUUGGUUGAAUUACAAACUCAAUGAAAGACAUUUGUCAUUGGGAUCCAUUGAUAUAAUAUUUUGUGUCAAAAAUUAAGACUUUAUUCAAUAUCAGAAGUUAAUAUU